AAGCGAUAGGAACAUGCUUACAAGCUCAAGCCUUCAGUGUGGGUUGGAGGUGGAGAUUAUUCUGUUACACAUCUGCGGAUUCACAUAAAUAGGUGCGCUCGGACAAGACUUUGUGGGUUCCAAGAAUGUCUCCGUUUGCCGUGUUUGUCAUUGCUUUGACUAUAGUCAAUGGGGCCCCGACGAAAGAAAAACUGCUUCCUAGGGUUAUAGAUGCGGUUGAUCGUGCGAUCAAAUUCUUCAGCUCCGAUUAUAGUAGUAUCAACGUGGAUGGGUUGUUUGGACUUAGGAUUGGUCAAGGGCAGAUCAUAGAAGCCCUUAAAGAAUGUGGGUCAAGGUCAUGUAGCCCUGAACUUAAGGGCCUCUUACGUCGUUUCCGGUCCGAGCUUGAAGAUACCUGCCAGAAAGCCAUGCCCUACAUCGAACAAGAGAGCCCCGAAUACUUCGCCAGAUUUCGGGACACCAUCGCCAAGCCUUACAUCCUUAAAUACCGUCCAUUUAGAUUCCAUGGAAUGGAAGAUGUAGAGAUCGGCCACGACAAUGAGUAUGAUGAGGAAGAGGGAGAUCGAUGCUACGCCAGGCUCCUUGGAACUUUCAAAGAAAAUGAACGCACCAUCCCCCGUUGCAACGUGACCCAGCCGUGCCUUGACCUCGUGACAAAGGGGGACACCAAAAGAUACAGCAUCACUCACCAGCUGCUCUACUUCAUCGUCGUGGAACACACUGGAUGCAACGAGAAGCUACAGCAGCAGAGCUCCUCUCUAAGCUCUGCGGGUAUCCGUGAGAUAGAAGACAGAUUCUGCCAGAAGAUAUACAAAGAGGCCAGCACACUUGCCAAGACGGGAUCAGUCAUGAUCGGCUCUCAGGACCUUUUCUUAGAACAAUCCGUCUUGUGUGGGGCUCUCGGCUAUGAGAAUUUCUUCAAGCCAAGAUACAUUGACAUGGUGCUAAAGAUGCAAGCCCCCGAAGGAUGCUUUAAAAUGGGAUUUGAAUCAGACAGCGUCAUAAUGGCCACGCUAGAAAAGCUGAGAUCUUCAAGAAGACUUCUGCGAGAGCAACCAAUGAAAGAUGGCUGUCUGUCCCACAAAUCAGGUUUAGGCAUCGGCACGCUAGCUCUGUACCUCAGAUACCUCGUAAGGAGUAUGAUCUGACAACGUGUAUAAUAAACACCCGGGCAGCUAAA